AUGAAAUUGAUCAUUAAUUCUCUUUCUCAAAAAACCAAGAAAUUUUGUUUUGAAUUAUUUCAAACUAUAUAUUAUUUAUCCAUUCUAAAAUAAUUUUACAGAAAAGGGAAAUUAUAAUUCUAUAACUAGACUUUUAGAGUAUUUUUAAAUUCUUUCUAUUUAAGCUUAUAAAUGAUAACUUUAGUGCGCAUUAUUGUUAAUAGAAUAAGAAAUUGGGGGUUGAUUAAAUUUCCAUAUAAUUUUUAUCUGACUAUAAUAUAAAAUUCAGAAUAGGCUUAAAGCCUAAUUCCAUCAGUACCGAUCUAUACUUCAACUCCUUAAAUACUACAAGAAGUCUAUUUGCCAACUCUUGGUUACCAAUAAUUUAGAGCAAAUAUAUUAGAUGAAUACGAUCAAUACUUUGAUUUUGAUGACUUCAAUCAAAUCAAUCGAUAUGAUGACAUCAUUCAAUUAAGUUAGAUUGGAGAAUUGAGAUUUGGGAACCCAUUUAGUUAUUCUUAUGUUUCUCCAUGGGAAGAACUUAGAUAAUUAAGUUUUGUGAAUUAUUAGGUUUAAGAAAAGAGUGCAAGUUUAAUUUGGAGUAAAAGUUUAUAGAGAGUAUUUGAAUAGAAUGAUUUUAAUGAAUUAGACACUCUUCAGAAUGUUUUUAAAGAAUUGAACACUCUGCAUAAUGUUUUUAAAGAAUUAAAAUCUCUUCCACAUUAUAGCGAUAAAAAUGUAAGGAGGAAAUCAAUACGAUGAUUGGAAUCCAUCUUAUCUUAACCGAUAGGAUGGAUUCCAAUAGAGAAUAAUUACAUUUACAUUUAUGAAAUGAAAUGAAAUGAAAACCAUUUAUUUAUAUAAACAUAUAUCUAUAGCCUUUCUAAAAUA